AUGGCUCCCAAGAUCUACUACGCUCCCCGGUACUACCAGUACCCCAACCUCGACCUGCUCACACUUCUCUUCGACUCACCACACGCCCUCUCCGUCCCCACCAGCAAACUACACAUAGACGCCGCCAACCCAUCCACCAACUACCUCACCAAACGUCACUGCCACGCCCUACUCGAAUCCUUAGCCCACACCCUCCGCCACCACUUCCAAAUCGGCGCCUCCGGUCCCAACAAGGACGUCAUCGUCGCUUGUUCCGCCCUCCAGAUCUUGUUGCCGAUCGCCUUCUAUGGGACCAUCGCUGCCGGCGGCAUAUUCUCGACCGCGAGCCACAGCUUUACUGCGGAGGAAUUGGCGAGGCAGGUAAGUCAGGGUGAUGGGAAGGUGGUGAUUGUGUCGGAGGAGUUGCGGGAGACGGGAAUCGAGGCGGCGAGGAUUGUUGGGUGGGAUGACGCCAGAAUCGAGGAGCGCGUGUUGGUGUUGGAGAGCGAGCCGGGGAAGUGGGGCCUAAGAACGGCGGUGGAGGGAAAGGUCGUUUGGGCGCCAAAUGCGGAUGAGGAUGUUGCGGAGAAGGAGAAGAAGAGGCUGACUUGGACGAGGAUCACAGAUGCGGAUGAGUUGGGCGAUAGUAUAAUUAGCUUGCUGUACUCGAGCGGGACGACGGGCCAGCCAAAGGCGGUAAUGCUAAGCCAUAGGAUGAUGGUGAGCCAGGUGUAUAUUUCAAGCCAAGUGGCGAGGGAGUGGGCAUUACCCCGGGUGUUGACGGGUGAGCUGGUUCCGAGUCCGCAGCGAACAUUGGCACAUUUGCCUGCAGCACACAUUGCCGGCGUGGCAGGAUAUUUUGUCGGCCCGGUGUACUCAGGUAUGGAGUGCUACUGGAUGCGGAAAUACACCUGGAAGAAGUUUCUGGAGUACAACAAGCAGCACAAGAUCACUGCCUUCUUCACAGUGCCCGCGAUCUGGGCACGAAUAGCGAAGAGCCCCGACGUGGCCGAUCAUUUCGCGAGUCUGGAGGGCGGUCUGGGAGGCGCAGCACCGCUCGAUGCGAAUUUGCAGAACGCCGCUGGCAAGCGUGCGAACAUCCAGCUGGGAGGCACAUACGGCAUGUCCGAGACAACAGGCUCAGUCUUGACCCUACCAAGGGGCAUGGAGGACACUACAGGCUCAGUCGGCAUCCCUCACCCCAACUGCAUAUUUCGACUGAUAGACGAUGAUGGCAACGACGUCGCCGAGGGCGAGCCAGGCGAGCUGCUAGUGCAGACGCCAACCAUGACCAAAGGCUACUACAAGAACCCAGAAGCUACCAAAGGCGCAUUCAUCGAUGGUUGGUAUUGCACAGGCGACAUCCUGCAGCAACGUGGCGAGCGCGGACUAUGGUACGUGACGGAUCGCAAGAAGGAAUUGAUCAAGUACAAAGGUAUCCAAGUCGCGCCAGCCGAGAUCGAGGGUUUGUUGCUUUCGCAUCCACUGAUAGAAGAUGCGGCUGUUAUCGGUGUCGAGGGCGAGGGCACAGAGGUACCCAGGGCGUAUGUUGUGGCGGAUAAGAACAAGAUCUCCGAGCAGGAAAUCAAGGGGUUGGUUGCGGAGAAGUUGGCAGCGUACAAGCAGCUGAGAGGAGGUGUGGUGUAUAUCGACGAGAUACCCAGGAGUGCCGUGGGAAAGAUCUUGAGGAGGGAAUUGAGGGAUCUUGCUGCGAAGAGCAGUCAACCUAGGGCGAAGCUAUGA